AUGCUCAUGCGCAAGCGACGCCCCCUUGCUCUUUUCGGCUACCUCGCCGCCCUUCUCCUCCUCCUCGCGCCGCUCACCGUAGCACAGCCUCUGCCAUGGCAGCUCUGCGACACCACCGCCGGGAACUACACGGAGGGCAGCGCCUACCAAGCCAACAUACGCGUCCUCGCCAGCGGCUUCCCCAGGAACGCCUCGGCGUCCCCGGCCCUUUUCGGCAAGGGCUCCGCCGGUACGGCACCAGACGUCGUCUACGCUCUCGCGCUCUGCCGCGGGGACACCAACGCCUCCUCCUGCGCGGCGUGCGUCGCCGCCGCCUUCCAGAACGCGCAGCAGCUCUGCGCCUUCAACAUGCGCGCCACCAUGUUCGACAACCCCUGCAUCCUCCACUACUCCAACCACGACUUCCUCGCCAGUGCCAACGAGGACGACGGCGCGGAGGUGUUCAUCGCGUUUAACUAUAACAACGUCAGCGUGGGGGCUGCGGCGGCGUUUGACGCCGCCUCCGGCCGGCUCGUCAACGCCACCGCCGACUAUGCGGCCAAGGACCCGACCCGGCGGUUCGGCACAGGGGAGGAGGGGGAGGGGUACGAUAAGGCUUACCCCAAGAUUUACUCGCUGGCGCAGUGCACGCCGGACAUGACGGCGGCCGACUGCCGGACCUGCCACCGGGACAUAAUUGGGGAAUUUACCGCCGAGUAUUUUGUCGGGAAGCCAGGCGGGAGAGUCUUCGGUGUGCGCUGCAACUUCCGGUUCGAGACGUAUUCUUUCUUCUCUGGGCACCCACUGCUACAACUCCCGGCCGUGUUGCCACCUUCGCCGGCGCCGGCACCGGCGCCCGCGGUGACCGGGGAAGGAGAAACUAGACAUAGGAGGACAGAUUUGGUCUUGGCCAUUACACUGCCUAUAGCUCCUGCACUACUCCUUCUCAUUGCAACGUGCGUUUGCAUUUGGAGGAGAAAACUGGCAAAGAGAAAGCCGUCAGUACAAUAUUCAAUUAACCAAGAUGACAUCCAAAGCAUCGAUUCCCUCCUCCUUGACCUAUCGAUGCUACGGGCUGCAACAGAUAACUUCGCUGAAAGAAACAAGCUUGGGGAAGGAGGGUUCGGGGCGGUUUACAAGGGAGUCCUUCAUGAAGGUGAAGAAAUAGCAGUGAAGAGGCUCUCACAGAGCUCCACGCAAGGAAUAGAAGAGCUGAAAACGGAGUUGGUUCUACUCGCUAAGCUUCAGCACAGGAAUCUUGUCAGGCUGGUUGGCGUUUGCUUGGAAGAACCGGAGAAGCUACUCGUCUAUGAAUACAUGCCGAAUGGGAGCCUGGACACCCUUCUCUUUGAUGAUGAGAAACGCAGAGACCUGGACUUGGGGAAGAGGCUGAAGAUCGUGAACGGGAUCGCUCGAGGCUUGCAGUACCUCCACGAAGACUCCCAGCCGAGGAUCGUGCACCGGGACCUCAAGGCCAGCAAUGUGCUCCUGGACUCGGACUGCAAUCCUAAGAUUUCGGACUUCGGAUUGGCGAAACUGUUCGGUUGGGAUCAGUCGCAGGCCAUCACUAGCCACAUCGCCGGAACAUACGGAUACAUGUCACCGGAGUACGCGAUGCGCGGGCAGUAUUCCGUCAAGUCGGACGCAUUCAGCUUCGGCGUUCUGGUCCUGGAGAUCGUCACGGGAAGGAAGAGCAACAGCUUCGUUAACUCGGAGCAAUCCAUUGACCUCCUGAGCCUCGUAUGGGAGCACUGGACUUCUAGCACAGUCGAGAAGCUGGUGGAUCCGUCCAUGCGCGGCCCUUCUCCGGGAGGCCAGAUGCUGAAGCUGGUCAACAUCGGGCUGCUCUGCGUCCAAGACAACCCCGCGGAUCGGCCAACCAUGUCGGCAGUGCACGUCAUGCUCAGCAGCAACACAACGUCGUCUAUGCAGGCGCCGUCGAGGCCAACGUUCUGCAUCGAUGCCAUGGAGGGUUACUCGUCACAGUUCCGGUUCACUGGGGAUAGCAGGCCAAAGGCGAUGUCGCCCAACGACUUGUCCCUCACAGAGCUCGAACCAAGAUGAUGAGGGCGUUCAACCUGAAUUCUUGGUGUCCAUCGCAUAGUCUUGAUUGCAACUAAAUCUCCAGAAUCAUUAUUUAUCUACUAGCAAAAAAUGUCCGUGCAUUAAAACGGGAGAAGAAUUUACCGCAU